UUUUUUUUUUUGUUGUUUCGCUAGCCGAAGCCCACACACACACACACACACACACUCGUGGCCAUGUCUCUGGGUCAAGCUGGUCGGGUUCUGGUGAAACCCCUGCGGGUUGUCCUUCAGCCCCCUGCCUCGGUCUCGAGCCGGAGCUACGCGGCUAUUGCGGAAGCUCGAGCCGUGUUAAACGGCGAGCUGGAGUCCAUUCGCUCGGCGGGGACGUGGAAAUCGGAGAGGAUCAUCUCCUCCAAGCAGGGACCGCACAUCAACGUGGACGGAAGGAGCAUUUUGAACUUCUGCGCCAACAACUACCUCGGCUUGUCCAGUCACCCAGAGGUGGUGCAAGCAGGCAUCGACGCGCUCAAGUUGUACGGCGCUGGACUGAGCUCCGUCAGGUUCAUCUGCGGUACCCAGGAUUUGCACAAAAACCUGGAGCAGAAGUUGGCAGAGUUCCACGAGAGGGAGGACUGCAUCCUCUACGCCAGCUGUUUCGACGCCAACGCCGGACUGUUUGAGGUCCUGCUGGGUCCCGAGGACGCCGUGCUGUCCGACGAGCUCAACCACGCCUCCAUCAUCGACGGCAUCCGCCUGUGUCGGGCCAAGCGGCUGCGAUACAAACACCUGGACCUCGAAGACCUGGAGAGCAAGCUCAAGGAGUCCCAGUCGUCUCGCAUGCGGCUGGUGGUGACAGACGGGGUCUUCUCCAUGGACGGGGACGUGGCCCCCCUCGUAGGAAUCUGUGAUCUGGCGGAGCAGUACGGGGCCAUGGUGUUCAUCGACGAAUGCCACGCCACCGGUUUCCUGGGGCCCCGGGGCAGAGGAACUGAUGAGCUCCUGGGCGUGAUGGAGCGAGUUGACAUCGUCAACUCCACUGGAAAAGCCCUGGGAGGUGCAGCUGGUGGUUACACGGUGGGCCCCAAGCUCAUCGACCUGCUGAGGCAGCGUUCUCGUCCCUACCUCUUCUCCAACUCCCUGCCCCCGCCCGUGGUGGCUUGUGCCACGCGGGCAGUGGAGCUGCUGCUGGCCUCCAGUGACGUUGCCCACUCCAUGUCGGCCAAGACCAUGAGGUUCCGGAACAAGAUGACCGAGGCGGGCUUCACCAUCUCAGGCUCCGCCCACCCCAUCUGCCCGGUCAUGCUGGGCGACGCGCGGCUGGCGUCGAUCAUUGCGGACGACAUGCUGAAGCUAGGAGUCUACGUGAUCGGGUUCUCCUUCCCGGUGGUUCCCAAAGGCAAAGCCCGAAUCCGCGUUCAGAUUUCGGUGGCGCACACAGACGAGGACAUCGAUCGCUGCGUGGACGCCUUCGUUCAGACGGCUCGCAAACACGGCGUUGUGUCUUGAAAACCAGGGAGGUGACUUUUGACUUCUUGCCAAUAUUUGGACCAGGAUCAAUACAAAAUGUUGUACACUUGCUAUUAAAGCCAGGACUCAAGUCCAAAUAUUGUGUGCAGCCAAAGUGAGUCAAUAUUUAUACUCAGUAAAGUUAGUCAAUAUUUAUACUCUGCAAAAAGGAAACUAACAUUGGAACAAUACUAAUGCAAAGAAAAAGAUGUGAAAUGUACUGAGAAAAAGGCUGUUUACUUAUUUCAAAGUGUCCUUGCUAAAAAUAAUAAUAAAAAUAAUACAAACAAUUAUGAAUAACAAUAAUAAUACUAACAAUUAUACAUUAUUGUUAUAAAUAAUAAAAUAUAUUGAUAUAAAUUAUUGAUCUGUGGAAGGCUCCAAUUUUUUUUACGUCAAAUAGGUUUUUGGGAAAUAUUUUUGCAUGUUUAUGUAAAAUAUUUAAUGUGUUUGUCUUAAAAAAAUUAAGUUUUCUAUUAUAAAAUGUAUAUAUAUAUAUAUAUAUUUAUUUUUUUUUGUAUGCAGACAAAUUGUGUCAUUAAUCUGGGAUAGGUUUAUGCCUUUUAAACCCCUAAACAUGUUAGAGAAAAUGAAUAAAUAAAUGAGGUUUUUGGUCCGUUGAAAUCUCAAGAUUUAAAUGUUGAAAGUA